AUGGGUCAAUACGUGGAAGGUAUGGCAGAACUCCGUCUGUGCAGGAAUGGGGGAGGGCCGUAUGAGGCUGAGAGAAUCUGGGAAGGGAGCAAGGCCAGGCAUGGGGCGUUCCUGCUCCUGGAUCCUGCACUGCAGAAGCAGACAGUGAAUGUGAAGAAAAUGGAGAAAUUAAAGAAAAAGAUGGAGUGGAAGGUGACAGAAAUGAUGGAGGGGGACAUGGAGGCAGAGAAUGAGAAGAAGCAGAAACUCAUGGAAAGGCGGAAACAUCUAGAGCAGAUGGCUGCCAAGGACCUAGCCCCACUGCAGCAGUGCCUGGGACCUGGCUGUGUGAAUCCCACCAGGCCAGGCUCCAAGUACUGCUCAGACAACUGUGGCAUGAAGCUGGCAGCUAAACGUAUCUAUGAAAUCCUGCCCCAGCGCAUUCAGCAGUGGCAUAACAGCCCCUGUAUUGCUGAGGAGCAUGGCAAGAAAAUGCUCGAGAGCAUCCUCCGUGAGCAGCAGGACACCCACACCCGCCUGAAGGAAAUGGAAUGUCAGUUUCAUGAACUUGAGGCCAUCAUUCUGCGUGGCAAGCAGCAGGCUGUGUACAGUGAUGAGGAGAACAUCAAAGUUAUCACAAACAGUGUCCACCAGAUCUUCUGUGUCUCCUGUGGGAAAUCCAUCAGUAUGCAUGUUGCCCUCCGCCAUAUGGAGCACUGCUUUGCCAAGUACGAGUGCAAAUCGUCCUUCGGGUCCUUGUACCCCACUUGCAUUGAGGGAGCCACAAGGCUCUUCUGUGACGUUUAUGACCCAAAGAGUCAGAGGUACUGUAAGCGGCUCCAGGUGCUGUGCCCUGAACACACGAAAGACCCCAAGGUACCAGAUGAUGAGGUGUGUGGUUGCCCACUAGUGCACAAUGUCUUUGAACUCACUGGUAAUUUCUGUCGUCUCCCCAAACGGCUGUGCAUCCACCACUACUGCUGGGAAAAGCUAAGGCGAGCCGAGGUGGACCUAGAGCGUGUGCGAGCGUUGUAUAAGCUGGAAGAGCUGAGUGAGCGGGAGCACAAGGUGCGCACAGCUAUGAGGAACCGGGCAGGUCUGCUGGCCCUGAUGCUUCACCAGACAGUCCAGCAUGACCCACUCACCACUGACCUGCGCUCCAGAGUACACAACUAA